AUGGGCGGUUACUGCCCCGGAAGAGCAUGGGAGUGCCGCUUCUGCGCCGGGGGUCCACGGCAUCAACCUUUGCCGGGAGCUUUGAUGAGCGGCACGUGUAAAGCAAAAGAAAGCAAAAAAGCCAAACCCAGAGAUACCCACCAGUUCACAAAGAAACAGGCUGUUAGUGUUAAAGUUCCUUUAUCCCCCGGGGACAUUGAGUUUGCUGUAAAAAGUUCAAGUCCUGCUCAGGUUCCAAUGAUGUCUCCAAAUGGUUCAGUGCCUACUAUUUAUGUGCCUCCUGGAUAUGCCCCACAGGUUAUUGAGGAUAACGGUGUUCGAAGGGUUGUGGUGGUUCCCCAGGCUCCAGAAUUUCAUCCUGGUGGUCAUGCAGUGAUACACAGGCCCCCGCAUCCCCCACUGCCGGGCUUUCUUCCUCUUCCAGCCAUGAUACCCCCUCCACCACGUCACAUCUACUCACCCGUGACCGGAGCUAGUGACAUGGCAACGCAGUACAUUCCACAGUAUCACACCUCCCAAGUAUAUGGGGAUCUGGAUACUCUGCCUGCUCAUGGAAGAUCCAACUUUAGAGAUGAAAGAUCUAGUAAAACAUAUGAAAGGUUACAAAAAAAAUUAAAAGAUCGACAUGGGACUCAGAAGGAUAAGUUAAACAGUCCUCCAUCGUCUCCUCAGAAAUGUCCUUCUCCUACAAGUGAACAUAAUGGACUUACAAAGGGACAGGAUGCAGCUGGUAUAAGCACAGGUUCUACCAAAAGCAAGUCUUUGGGUAAAGGAAAAAGCAAUUCUCAGACAGACCCAGAAGUAGAAGAAAAGGAUGAAGAAACAAAAGCACUCGAAGCACUUCUUUCUAAUGUAGCCAAGCCAGUGGUAUCAGACAUUCAGGCAAGAGCAGCACUGCUUACAUGGUCCCCUCCAUCCAGUGAUACCAGAGAAGACACUGACAAGAGUGACCCACCAGAGAUUUAUACUUACGAAGUGAUGAUUUCAAAUACCGGAAAAGAUGGAAAGUACAAAACUGUAUAUGUUGGAGAAGAAAAUAAAGUUACUGUGAAUGAUCUCAGGCCAGCAACUGAUUACCAUGCAAAAGUCCAGGUAGAAUGCAACUGUGUAAAGGGGAGCCCUUCAGAAGCAGAGAGUUUUACCACAACGAGUUGUGAACCUGAUACUCCGAAUCUGCCCAGGAUAACUAAUCGGACCAAAAAUUCUCUUACUCUACAAUGGAAGGCAUCUUGUGAUAAUGGUUCUAAAAUCCACAGUUACCUUUUAGAAUGGGAUGAAGGAAAAGGAAAUGGAGAGUUUUGCCAGUGUUAUUAUGGCCAACAGAAGCAGUAUAGAAUUACUAGACUAUCACCAGCAAUGGGGUACACCUUUAGGCUAGCAGCCAAAAAUGACAUGGGAAUGAGUGGUUUUAGUGAAGAAGUCCUGUAUCAUACCUCAGGCACUGCCCCAACCACACCAGCAAGUCCUUUGCUGAUUAAUGCUGGAGUCACUUGGUUAUCCCUACAGUGGACAAAACCCUCAGGAACACCAUCGGAUGAAGGAAUCUCAUAUAUAUUAGAGAUGGAGGAUGAGAACUCAGGAUACGGUUUCAAGCCAAAAUAUGAUGGUGACGAUCUUUCUUACAUGGUGAAGAAUUUGAGGCGUAGUACAAAAUACAAAUUUAGGGUCAUUGCUUAUAACUCAGAAGGGAAAAGCAGUCCAAGUGAGACAGUAGAGUACGUUACUUGUCCAGACAAGCCUGGAGUACCUUCAAAACCUGCAGUUAAAGGAAAAAUUCACGCACAGAGUUUUAAAAUAACCUGGG